AUCAUCCGAUGAGAAUGGUAUUUGUUAUGUGGAAACAUCGAAUUUGGAUGGUGAAAGCAGUCUAAAGCAACGUCAGAUUAUUUCGUCGAUGGGUUCUGCAUCUCUUGAUUUCACUCCCCCUCAGUUCACUGCGACUGUUUACUGUGAACAACCAAACAAUCAAAUUUAUAGGUUCAGUGGUUAUUUGGAGCAUGAGAAUGGUGCGAAAGAAGCGGUCGAUAAAGUGAAUCUUUUGUUGCGUGGUUGCGAGGUACGGAAUACGGAUUUCGUCGAGGGUAUCGUUCUAUACGCAGGAAGAGACACGAAAGCGAUGUUGAAUAAUUCUGGACCACGUUAUAAACGUAGUGAAUUGGAACGCUUGACGAACUGGGAUAUUAUUUGGUGUGUACUCAUCCUUCUUUUGAUGUGCCUUACUGGAGCUAUCUUCUCAACUCGUUGGUUGAGCUCUUUCGCAGAUCCUUACCAAGUGCCUUAUCUUACUUUUGUUAAGAAUAUUGAUUCUUUGAAUCCACAAUUAGAAGGAUUCAUCAACUUUUGGAGCUAUAUAAUUGUUUUACAGGUAAUGAUACCGAUCUCACUGUACGUUUCUAUUGAAAUAAUAAAAUUGGGUCAGAUUUAUUUAACUUCGCAAGAUAUCAAUUUGUAUUAUGAUGCAGUUGAUAAACGAAUUGAGUGCAGAGCUCUGAACAUCCCAGAAGAAUUAGGGCAAGUCCAGUAUGUUAUGUCGGAUAAAACGGGAACUUUAACUGAAAACCAGAUGAUAUUUCGAAGAUGCUAUGUGGCCGAGCAUGACUAUGGUACUGAAACAACAGCGUUACCAACCACAAAUACGCACUCAACAUCAACCUCUUCAUCAGUCAUGAAAGUUGAUAUCGAAUUGCAGAAUCGUUUAGCCAAAACGUUUCAGUCAUUUUUAUCUAAAGGUGAUUUGUCGUUCAACGACGAUUCAUCGCAAUCUGAUUUGUUGCAUUUCUUCAUCAAUAUGGCCAUCUGCAAUACUGUCGUCGUUAAUGCUCAGCCACAUCAAGAUCACCUCGACGAGUCAGGAUUUUUCAUUGGUGAUUCGUUCAUUGCUGGAAAUUCAGCGUUCCAUUUGCCACCACCAACAUCGAACCAUUCACUUCGACGAAUGCCAUCAAAAAAAUCGCUCAACAACACCAAUUCAUCGAAUCCAGUUCCAAAAGUAACGUUUACGUGUGGUCAUAUCGAACCGUCGUCACCCCUCAGCAUCUGCAAUAAAAACUUAACACAAUCCAAUGACGAAGAAGCACUGAAGAGAAUGCACAUUGAAUCGCCAUCCAAUCGUCGUUAUGUUAAACGACGACCGAAUAAUGCCGAGUCAACACCGAAUUAUCGUCAGUUCUCCUCAACCGCGCCAUCUGAACACCAGCAAUUCCCAACUCGAUCGUUAUCAAAUGAUGUUGACGAGAAUGAAGCGAUGCCUAAUGAAGAUGUCACGCAGCUGGAUGAAAAUGAAUCUUCGAUUGUUCUGCAGAAUCAAGAAGCAAAUGAAGAUGAUUGCAGUUUUUGUGUUGAUAAUGAAUUCGUGAAUAUGACUGAAGAAGAUGCUGAUGGUGGAUUGCAAUAUAUUUCUGAUCGUUUUACAAAUGAUACUAGUGAUAAUCGCAGUAAUCUUCAAAAAGUUUCAUUUUCGGGCGUAAACGAUGAUGAUUUAUCAGAUGAACAACAGAAUGAAGCUGUCAACGAAAUAGUGAAUGCUGAUUCAGUUGUGCAAUUCGAGGAUGCAGAAGGAAGACUUGAUGUGGAAAACAAUGAGAAGAGUCCAGAAAGAUGCCCAACUUCACAAGAAGCUGUUAGUUGUGAGAGGGCACAAGAAUCGCAUUGUUCCAGUGAAUGCGACGAACGUCUGAAUCAGUCAGCCCCAGCCACCGUAAAGCCCGCACCCCCAGCCCAUUCGGUAUCCGUUCCAGAUCACCUCUCGUCGAAUGCUCCACAUUCAACCAGUGAACAUUCAUCGAUGAUGUUCGCCCACUUACUCGGAUCUGCUGAACUCUUUCGAAUCUCUUCAACGAAACUACUCUCGUUGAAUUUCAGUAAAUUGCAUAUGAAAGGCUUCAAACUGAGUCCCUUGUUAAGGUUUAAAAAGUCGAAUCAAUCAUCCGAAGAUGCGUUAGACGGUGAUGUGGUUCAAAACCCGAUUUAUGAGGCUGAGUCACCGGAUGAGUUGGCUCUCGUUGAGGCAGCUUCAAACCAUGGUAUACGGCUUUGUAGUCGACAUUUACGUGCCACUCUCUUGCAAAUCGCACCUCUUGGUUUCAUUCUCAAAUACAAGGUAUUACAUGUACUUCCGUUCGAUUCUGAUCGUAAGCGAAUGUCUGUUAUCGUAAGAGAUCGAAUGGGUCGUAUCGUUGUUUAUUGUAAAGGUGCCGAUUCGGCGAUACUUCCGGUCAUUUCACAACGGUUCCUUUAUUUUGUUGUUGUUCGUUUAUUUGUUGCUUCUUCUUCUUCUUUCAUUCCCCUACACAUCAUGUUGUUUGUUUAUUUUACAUCUGAAAUAGUAAUGACCCAUAUGGCUGUUCAUUGA